AUGACGGAAUGGCUACGUCCAGUUUUCUCCCGCGCAAAAACACCCGUACAAGGCGCGACUGCCACUUUUGAAAGGCAAACCUCAGCAUCGAUUGAUGAAUCUCUUCCUGACAUCGAAGAAGUUCUCACGCCCAGACUUCGACCUGGAUCUCGAGUAUCAUCCUAUAUCGGAUUCUCAAAUCGGCCAAGCACACCUCCCGUACCCAAUGUCCCAGAGGCGUUCCAAAAUGCACGAAAUCCUGAAUUUUUGUACCAAAAGCCAUCAGGCGACCAGAUGGCAGAAACACUGAAAGUUGUGAUGAUGACUAAAUGUUUGAUGGAUCCUGUUCCGAUUGAAUACAACGCUUGCAUAUUGCAUGUAUUAGAAGCAUAUCAAGAUUUGAGGGAGCAAGUGGAUACCAAGAGUAAGCUUAUUGAGCAGGUUACGAAGGACCACGCCAGGGACAUCAGAACAUUUGAGGAGCUGGCUACGAAAUGGGAUCUCAAGGAACGAGACUACAAAGCGGAGCUGAAAAAGCUGGAGGUGUUGUUGUCUAAAACCGAAGGUGGAAUGGAAUCAGUAGUCAUGGCACGGUCAAAUAGCAGGAUCCACGGAUCUACAAGAGCUUCGGAUGAAAUUGGACGUCACUUCAGUACCAUCAAAGACAGACACCGCCAGAGGAGCUUCCAAAGCGAAGUAGAUCAGCGUGCCGAAACAGAAACUUUGGGUCCAAUGGCUCAACUUUCGAACGCAGCAAAUAUACACAGCUCAGGCAUUUCACGCACACAACUGGAAGCACUAGAAAGGCAGCAGAUUGGAUUCAAGCGUGGACUAGCAUCCUAUGAAUCUUCUUCUGGUGUGGGGACAAGUACGGAUUCUAUGAGCCAGGAUCUGACCUCUCAAGAAGACGGUCUGGGUCUGGGAAUCAUCACAGAAGAAAAGCCACUACCCGAGAUUCCCACGGAAAGAUCAGCACUACGCCGUACGAAAACCAAAAGCUCCUCGAAGCCGAUACAAUUAGGCCCCCCUGCCACCGAAGAAAUGAGUUUCUCUUUCCAACCGGGCGACGACAACAACGUACUUACGCACGGCGACGAUGUUACCAACGCCCACAGAAUUGUAUUCAAGGAUCUGCAAAGAAGAUUCACAGCACCGGGAGAGAGACCAGAAACACCCCCAUCUACCACUCCCGCCAGGCGAUCACCGGACAGAUCGACUGAUUCACCUUCAGCCAACAAGCUUCGUCCCGACUCCAGAAAGUCCGUAGCAUAUUCAGGCAGUGCCUCUCCGAACUUACAAUCCUCCGAUCAAGUAUCCCGUGGAGGCUCGACCGCUAGCGUGGUUACAGCUAUCCGUGACAAUUCUGGUCGAAGCAGUGCUUGUGGCUCGAGAGCUGAGAGCCGCAAUGGCCGUCCGCAUUUGGAUCGUAAUCAGAGUACAAGUGAGGCAGUCACCGCUGCUGCUCGUGCCUAUGUUGCUAGCAAUCAGCGGAGUAGUGAAGGGAAAUCAAGGACGGGUACGACGACUCCGGAUGAAAGAGGUGUUGUAGAGGAAUCUUUGAAGGGUAAUGCCGUUGGGGAUAGAAAGAGCAAAGGACCUAUGAUCAGUAUUGUGCGAGAAAUUGAUAGAUCGUGA